AUGGAUAUUAUAAAGGGAAACUUAGACGGGAUUUCAAAACCAGCCUCAAGUUCAAGAACACGUCCUGAGAGCAGGUGUUCAGCAACUUCUUUGGAGGUGCUCUCACCCGAGCCAGUGCCCUUCAAGAUUGAUAUUGCAAUCAAGUUGAACUCUGAUAAAGAGGGCCACUCAGAAAGCAGUAAUACAGAGGGAAGUAGAAACAAUAAGGAUGAUAAAGGAGAACAUUACUCUGAGAAUAAUAUAAAACUGGCUGAAGAAGGGUCAGAUGAAGAUUUGAACUUAUCUCAACAACAGCUAAUUUCUAAAUGUUCAGAUGAAUCUGAAUUAAAAGAAUUGGACUCUCAACUUCAAGAUGCGAUUCAGAAGAUGAAUAGACUUGAUAAAAUAUUGAUGAAGAAACAAUGUAGAGAAAAAGAAGUUCAGAAGCAAGGUGUAGAAAUGAGAAUAAAGCUAUGGGAAGACCUGAAGUCUGCAAAACAUAGGAAAGCUAUGCCAAGUAAUGAAGAAAUGGAAAAUACAAAAAAGUUCCUAGCUUUGACUGCUGCACCAGAACAAACUGUUGAUCCUUCUCGCUGUAAGCAUGAAGACACAGUUGUCUCAGUGUUUCAUACUCAAGUACCUCCAGAAGAAUAUGAAAACCAAAUGCAGAAUGCCAAUCAAGAUUUUACUUGUGAUGUGGAAAAAAAUGAGUCAUUGGUCAAAGCAGAAAAGAACCCUUUCUCAAAUACAGAAAAGACUGAGCUCAGGAGUAAACACAGCCAGGAUUUUAUUAAGCGAAACAUUGAGAUGGCCAAGAAUUCAGGGAAACCAGAGGUUAUGAUUGACACAGAGAAGAAAAGGCUGAUUGAACUUUUGAAGGACUUAGAUGACAGAGAUUCUGGAGUGUCCAGUUCUGAGAGUGAUCCGUCUGGCUGGCUGGUCCCAGGUGAGGGAUAUACCCUGGCAGACACCCAGCAUCAGCAGCUUGCUGAAAUAGAUACAAAGCUCCAAGAAUUCUUAGCAGCCUCCCCAACAACAUUCAGCUUUUCUCCAGGACUUGGAUAUCAAAAUGAUCAGGAACCUGACCUUAAUGAUGAUAAUAAAAAUAUGGAAAUAACUCCAGGGGAAAAGGUACUUCGGAACACCAAAGAGCAACGGGAUCAGCAAAAUCGGCUGAGAGAGAUAGAUGAAAAGUUGAGAAAGAUGAAGGAAAAUAUGUUAGAUUCAGCAUCACUUCCCUCUGAGGAACAGUUAAGGCUUCUUCUGGAUGGAUGCACAUUCAAACAAAAACCCAUGGCCAUACUUCCUUCAGAAAGAGAAAAGGAAGACAUUGAGGAUAUAAUACCUGAGUCCUCCCAGCUUUCCAGAUCUCUCCUCUCCGAGUCAGAAACAAAGGUCAAAAGCACGAAGGUGGGAGAUGCAAAUGUGCCUGGGAAUGCAGACUGUGAAACAUCCACAGGCUCCUACCUCAGCAAAGCCCUGACUGGGCAUUACGUGUCACCGGCUCUUGUCAUUGAAGCCGAGAAUAUGAAAUGCCUCCAGUUUCCCCAGGACGAGGUUAUUGGUGACACAGAGGAUUAUUUUAUGUCGAAGACUCUUGGCAUUGGACGACUGAGAAGGCCUUCUUUUCUGGAUGAUCCAUCGUAUGGCAUCGAUGUGAGUCUUUUCUCCGAAGUCCAACAUCUGAAACUCAGCCCUUCAGAGAAACCAAAAACAGAUGGACAGGAGACUGAAGAUGUGACAGAAGAAUGUAAAGAAUCUUAA